GUGCCCGUGCGGUGUCGUCCCCGCAGCCCAGUGUUAGGGGAGGACGCGCCGCGGGAGCCCGUGGAUGGCGGCCCGGAGCCUUAAGCUCUGGUCCCAGCUCAUUAGCUCCGCAUCACCUGGAAUACAGAGGCUUCUGUUUCCUAUGGUUUGCAGGGGCGGGCCCAGGAAUCUGCAUUUUUAUCAGCCUCUAAGCUGAAAAUCACUGUAGAGUACUGUGAUGUGCUGCCUCCUAGGGAAAAGCUAGAGAAGAACAUAUUCAGGGCUUUGGACAUCUCCACAUUGUAUUCUAGGGUUAAGAAUAUUACGAUUCCUGAUGGAUGAGGUGGUGCACGCUUUUAAUCUCAACAUCCAGGAGGCAGAGGCAGGUGGAUCUCUGUGAGUUCGAGGUCAGCCUGGUCUACAGGGUUAGAAGAGCCUCUUGACCAAAGACUGCCCCAGACAGAAAAUCAAACAGGCUCAGGAAAACAGGAAGUGAGAAGGCGGGGUGCUGCAUUGAGGACCAGCCCACUAACUGUUGGACUUGCUCAGGGAAGUAAACUAUCUAUCUCCAGAAAUGUCUUCGGAAAACAAAGAGCAGCAUGACCUUCCACCGCCGGACUUCCCUGAAGAAGCCUUCAGCCUUCCAGCUGAAGUCCCCCUGGAUGCUGAAAGGGGAGCAAGCACUGACUUCAAGCAGUUGGAGACCAACGAUCAAUGCAGACCUUAUCGUAGGAUCCACCUGGAACCUCAGGAGAAACCAGAUACUGACAUCCAAAGAGCCGUCAUCAGAAAGCUGCAGAAGAGUUGCCAGUGCAGCCCAGCCAAAGUCAGAAGUAUGGUUUUUGAUUUCUUUCCUGUCCUGCGGUGGCUCCCAAAAUACGAUCUGAAGAAGAACAUUUUGGGUGAUGUGAUGUCUGGCCUGAUUGUGGGCAUACUCUUGGUGCCCCAGUCCAUUGCUUACUCGCUGUUGGCUGGCCAGCAGCCAAUCUAUGGUCUGUAUACAUCGUUUUUUGCCAGCAUCAUUUAUUGCCUGUUUGGUACCUCUCGCCACAUCUCGGUGGGCAUUUUUGGAAUACUGUGCCUUAUGAUCGGUGAAGUAGUUGACCGAGAACUACAUAAAGCCUGCCCUGACGUGGCUGCUACAUCUUCUUCGUUAGCAGUGGUUUCAAAUGGAUCCCUGUUAGUAAACCAUACAUUAGAUGAACUUUGUAACAAAAGUUAUUAUGCAAUUAAAAUUGGCAGCACUGUGACCUUCAUGGCUGGAGUUUAUCAGGUAGCCAUGGGCUUCUUCCAAGUGGGCUUCAUCUCUGUCUACCUCUCAGACGCCUUGCUGAGUGGGUUUGUCACCGGUGCCUCGGUCACCAUCCUCACAUCUCAGGCCAAGUACCUCCUCGGGCUGAGCCUUCCUCGGAGCAACGGUGUCGGCUCAGUCAUCACUACCUGGAUCCAUAUCUUCAGAAAUAUCCACAAGACCAAUAUCUGUGAUCUCAUCACCAGCCUGUUGUGUCUCCUGGUCCUUCUGCCAACCAAAGAACUUAACGAGCGCUUCAAGUCCAAGCUCAAGGCACCAAUUCCAACCGAACUCAUUGUUGUGGUGGCGGCCACAUUAGCUUCUCAUUUUGGAAAACUAAACGAGAACUACAAUUCCAGUAUUGCUGGACAAAUUCCCACUGGGUUUAUGCCGCCCAAAGCCCCAGACUGGAGCCUGAUUCCUAAUGUGGCUGUCGAUGCCAUAGCUAUUUCUAUCAUUGGCUUUGCUAUCACCGUGUCACUUUCUGAGAUGUUUGCCAAGAAACACGGCUACACGGUCAAAGCAAAUCAAGAGAUGUAUGCCAUUGGCUUUUGCAACAUCAUACCCUCCUUCUUCCACUGCAUAACCACCAGUGCAGCUCUUGCGAAGACACUGGUUAAAGAAUCAACAGGCUGCCAAUCCCAGCUGUCGGCUAUCGUGACGGCCCUCGUUCUUUUGUUGGUCCUUCUGGUAAUAGCUCCUUUAUUCUACUCCCUUCAAAAGUGUGUCCUUGGCGUGAUCACUAUUGUAAACCUCCGGGGUGCCCUUCUUAAAUUUAGAGACCUGCCGAAGAUGUGGAGGGUUAACAGAAUGGACACAGUCAUCUGGUUCGUUACUAUGCUGGCCUCUGCUCUGCUAAGCACUGAAAUAGGCCUGCUUGUUGGGGUUUGUUUUUCUAUGUUUUGUGUAAUCCUCCGUACUCAGAAGCCAAAGGUUUCACUGCUUGGUUUGGAAGAAGAGUCUGAAACCUUUGAAUCCAUUUCUGCCUACAAGAACCUUCAGACUAAGCCAGGCAUCAAGGUUUUCCGCUUCAUAGCCCCUCUCUACUACAUAAACAAAGAAUGCUUUAAAUCAGCUCUGUACAAGAAAACUCUAAACCCAGUCUUGGUAAAGGCAGCUUGGAAGAAGGCAGCAAAGAGGAAACUCAGGGAGGAAACAGUGAUUUUCACUGGGAUCCAAGAUGAGGUUUCAGUGCAGCUUUCCCAUGAACCCUUGGAGCUGCAUACUAUCGUGAUUGACUGCAGUGCAAUACAGUUCUUAGAUACAGCAGGGAUCCACACACUGAAAGAAGUUCGCAGGGAUUAUGAAGCCAUUGGUAUCCAGGUUUUACUGGCUCAAUGCAAUCCUUCUGUGAGGGAUUCCUUGACCAGAGGAGAAUAUUGCAGAAAGGAAGAAGAAAAUCUUCUCUUCUAUAGUUUGUCUGAAGCGGUGGCUUUUGCAGUGGCCUCUCAGAAGCAGAAAGGAGUGUGUGUUCUCAAUGGUCUGAGUCUUUCUGGUGACUGAGAAAGUAAAUAAGAAGAGUGUCUUGCCAUUUCACCAUGCAACGUUUUCUACUGUGAAAGGAGAAAGUGGUUCACUCUUGGAAUAGUUCUCCUUUGAAGCGAAAAGCCUUUUGAUAUUCUCACGUGCACUAGAGCUUAUAGUUGGGUGGAAUCAAAAAGAAGAAAAUGCUGUGGCUUCAGACUUUCAUGCAGAUAAGCACUCUUGGGGUACAAUAUAAACGGAAUGGACUGUAAAGCAGCCCCCAAACUUGAUUGCUUUACUUUAGGGGCUGUAUAUCAGAACUCUGUCCUCCAGGCGACAGAGAGGUGAAGUUGGGGUUUGCUGUACACACACUGGAGCCUUUGCAUGGCUCUGCGGAGAGGGGAAGAAGGGCAGCAUUGCUGGGCCGGAGCUGGUGAAGCAUGAGGGCCUAACUAGAUGAGUUCUGUUCUCUCUGGCGGUUCUCUGUUUGUGUUUUGCUCCCAGACAGCAGUAAGAUCUCUGGCUGGUAGUUGGAAAUACCGUUUUUCCUCUCCUUCACACAGGAGCUGUGGCGUAGUCUCCUAAGAGCAUCUGGCCCUGACAGCCAGCCUGACACUGUACAGAACCCCUGUUGUAAACAUCUGAUGUUUUAGUCAUCCCUUUUUUAUUUAGAAUAAGCAGGUAAGGAAGGAAAGAGUUCGGAAUCAGGAAGACAUGAGAGUCUUUGUUCUUCAUCUCUCUCUUUGUUUCUGAGACUGGCUGUGGUGAGCUCUGUCUUCCCUUUGACUCGCCUGCUGCUUUCUCCUGGAAUCUGCCUUCAGUUGGUUUUCUGAAUCAGUCUCGUCAGACAAAGCAGAAUAUUUAUUGGCUCAGCAGCUUCUUGUAGCACUGUAAAUGGGCUUGUGGUGCAUAUUCAAGGAGAGAUUAAAAAAAAAAAAAAGAAUGAAUGACAGUUCCUCUUAAGAAAUGCCACCACCACCACCAGCCCAGCACUGGCAUUUUAGCAAGGAUCCGCUGGGCAUUAGUAGUCUUAAUUAAAUAGAAGCGGCUGCUUGUAGAAGACUAUAGAAGUGAAAGAGGGCGUCCUAAUUAUGUCCAUAAUUACCUUGCAGGUGUUGUGAAAACAGUGUUGAUGUUUACUGCCCUGUUGGUAUACGAUAAAUACUGAUGUCAGUAACCAGUUUUAACUUGUAUGCAAGAGGACUUGGAACUUUCACAGAACCCUAGUUUUACUGGUGUGUCAUUCUUGGUAGCUGGCUCUAGGUUAUGAACUGAGUAGUUUCUUCAGAAAAGCCCUUUGACAGGUGAGAAAAGAAGUUUACCCAAGUGAGGCAUAGAGCACUAACCUGCGAGAGAUUGAAAGCCUUACCCAAGUCCUUAAAGUAACGAUUGCCAAAGUACAAAAUCACUUUUAGCCUGUUCUUUUUGUUGUUGUUGUUGUUGUUUGUUUUGUUUUUCAAGACAGGGUUUCUCUGUAUAGUCCCGGCUGCCCUGGAACUCACUCUGUAGACCAGGUUGGCCUCGAACUCACAGAUGCAAAACAAUUUCAAAUAGUUAUGGGAAGCAAACUCUAUGUAGCAAACCUACUGAGGUAGAAUGCUUGUAAACAUCACACACACACACACACACACACACACACACACACACACACACACACACACUCACACACACACACACACACACACGCACUCCAAAACCCGCCCCUGUUGUUUUUCUAUUGGUGCUGCAGUCCCAUUUGCUUAUGUAAGAAAUGCCCUUCUGUGAUCCCAGUAGAAGUUUCAGAGUAGAAAAUUUGGUUUUCUGUCUUCUGGGUGGUUAUGUUGAUAAAGACCACACUGCUAUGAGUUUGAUAUCCCUCGUGAACUCUGCCCGAGAAUUUCAGAAAUGUUAACUGCUGCUUGCUUGUUCUUUUAUUUGACUUUCUAGCUUUAUGAAUAAUUGUAAGAUCACAGUAUCCUGGUCAUUUUUUUUUAAAUUCCACUUGUCCUGUCCUCAAGCCAGGUUGGAAUUAAGACUGUUACAGAUGUUUAAUACUCAGUGAGAGACAAGUAGGUACAUGUUAGUGGCAGCUGGAGAGAUGCUCAGUAGUUAAAAGUACUUGCUACUCUUGCAGAGGACCCAAGUUCAAUUCCCAGAACCCCACAUUAGGCAGCUCACAGUCACCUGUAACUCAAGCUCCAGGGGAUCUAACCCUCUCUUUACCCCCGUGGGACACACACACACACACACACACAUUUUUUUAAAGCACAUGUUUAAGAUAACUCUAUAAUCUGUUCAACACCAGUAUGGAAGAAUUUUAGUUCAGUGUUUGGAAAGUACCUGCCCUUUGCUUGACAUGCAAGUUUAUAGUGCAGCUUUAAUAGGUUCUGGAGCUUUAUACAUGUAUUAGCAAAUUCUUGAGUUAUGUUAAGGUUUGUGUUUGUCCCACAAAAGCCAACAGGAUUCUGCUUUUUUUUUUGGGGGGGGGGAGAAGGGGUUUGAGACAGGGUUUCUCUGUGUAGCUUUGUGCCUUUCCUGGAGCUCACUCUGUAGCCCAGGCUGGCCUUGAAUUCACAGAGAUCUGCCUGGCUCUGCCUCCCGAGUGCUGGGAUUAAAGGCAUGCGCCACCACUACCCAGCGGAUUCUGCUUUUAAUAGCCAUUUGUUAAACAUGAUUGCACCAGAAUCUAUUGCAGCCGUCUUCUUUGGGUUGAGAUCUUCCUAACAUCAAACAUUAAAAUUGAUUUGAUUGCUGAUAAUCGGAGGAAUCAAAUAUAGAACCAAAACCUAAUUUACCACCACCAGCAGCAACAAUAAGAACUAUUUUCAUUUGCUUUUUGAAUCUUUAAACAUAUUCAUAAAAGUUAUCUUGUUCACUCAGAACAUUAGUGUGUAAAAUAUUUUCUGUUUACAAAGAUGUAAAACCCUGAAUGUUGUUAAAUGGCUAUCAUUUCAUUGAAAUACUGUGUGUGUGUGUGUGUGUGUGUGUGUGUGUGUGUGUGUGUGUGUGUGUUAUGACAAGGCCUUCUGUAGCACAGGCUGACCUCAAACAUGCCAAGUAGCUGAGGGUGCCUGUGAGCUUUUGGCCUCCACCUCCAAGUGCUGGAGCGACAGGUGCAUAGGGAUGGGGUAUGCUAGUGCACACGCAGACCUGCUACACAAAGAACACAGUUCAGGGGCGUGAAAGGAUAGAGCGUUGAAAACUGUAUCUGACCAGAAAUAAAGAGACCUGGCUGGACAGGGUCCAUGUCCUGGGAAACCUCACAGUAAGAUCACGAUUCAGAAGCACACCUCAAAGAGCAAAGUUAGAAAGAGGUUCUGUUUCUAGAAGGGGAGAGGCACAGACUCACCAAAGCCCCAAAGAGCUAAGAAGCAUUUUCUGAGGUUGUAAGCAGAGUGUGGGUGGGCCUACUCAGGAGUACUGUCUUCCCUGUGAGCUGAAUAGCUGUAGUGCUGUGUCUCAGCUAGGGUAAGGCUGGCAGGAGCCUAGUUAAUUUUAAGCUGGGUCAAUGGAACAGAUAUAAUUUAUAUAAAAGUCUCCAGCCUAGCAAAUGGUGAACUUGGAGACUACACAGAGAUGCGAGAUGAGUUCGUCAGACUAAGCUCCUACCUACAUUCUAGCGCAAACAGCAAUCCUCUUACAGGGCUGUUCCUGGCAGUUUGACAUUGAAGAACACAUUGCCAGGGUUAACUGCAGUCUGCAAGUACAAAGAGGAAUGCAGUAGGUUUGGGGACUAAUGUUGAGUCUCUUCAUUUACACUGAUGGACUCUGUGGCUCCUGUUAAUAUCCAUCCUUACUGAAGCUUUUCUUGUGAGUACUGACAGAGAUUAGCUGAAGGCUCUCUGCAGGAAGUAAACGCUUCUUCAGAGAUCCCCAAAUAUCUGGAAGGCAGGCAUCCCGGGGGGACUUAGAGAAUGCUUUGUGGAGAGUGCUUGAGCGGAAAUUCUGCUGCGGCUGGAGUGGAGGCGGUGCCCCCGCUCCCCACCCCAGUGUGUUCAGGAAACAGUCUGGAGAAAAGUGGACUUCUCCAGGUGACAAGCUUUACACGUUUGCCCACUCUUGGUUCCGUGUGUCCUUCCCCUCUUUGAAUCUUUUCUUAAUUCUAGUGAUACUUUAACUUGAAGUUGGACUUUAAAUGAAAUUGCAGAAAGAAUGAAAUGCUACUUACAAAGCUGUUAGACUCUGUGGGCAUGGUAACCUGCAAGGCACUUGAAGGCUGAGGCAGGAGGAUUGAGUCUUUGAGGCCAGCCUGAGAUAGUUGGUGAGACCUUGCCAAAAGAAGAGAAAGGAAAACUAGCUAAGUAUUGGAGACUCAUUUAUCUAACCCUUUUUUGCAUAAAAUUUUUUAGAUAAUCAUGGAUGAUAAUAAGUUUGGGUGCUAAGUUUAAGCAUGAAAAAUAUAAUGAAACAGGAUAAAACAGUACACCAGCUGGCUUUCUUAUAGACUUUAUCAUACAGUAAAAUACAACUGAGUUACUUGGAGUUAAAAGUAAAAAUAAGUUUUUUUUAAAUAGUAACUUAGAAAUGGAGGCUUUGAUGUAGAAGGGGGCAUUUUUAAUAAGGUAAUUUUUAUCAUGGUAAGAACUAUUUUUUUACUAAAAGUAUUUUGCAACUGAAAUUUAAAAAUAAACCUGUUAAAUACAAUUAGAAAGUCAAAGAAACAUUAUACUAGUAGGUUUUUUUAGUAUGUAUUUUGUACCUUCUGGCUUAGUUUAAAAUAAGAAUGUAUUGAAGGCUGCAGACUGAGCAGUGAGGGCAUCAAAGCUUUUAUUGGAGAUACUGUAAGUCUGUCGUAGCCGCUGGGUUACAAAGGGUUUUCGUUUGAAACUUGAAUAAACGUAUUUUGAGGGUGAUCCUGCACUCUGUGCCUUAUCCCUAGGAGGAAACACGGAAUCAAACAGCUUUCUUUCUUUCUCAGUGCAAAUCAUUUGAGAAACUGGGAUCUGAGUCCCGAUGUCGCCAUGGCUUCUGUGUCUUAGGAGUGUGACUAUACCUACACAGCCUGCUCCCUCACUUUGUAGCAUUGCAUACAUGUGCAGACAAUAUGGAGACAGAUAAAUGAACUUGAACUCCCAGUCUUUACCAAAAAAUGUUUAGCUGUCACCAUCCUUUGCCAUUAGGGGCAUAUUUUAUAGUAGGCUUUUUUAAUUCAAGUAAGUGCCUUGAUGCUGUUCCUCAUAAAUCAUUGCUCAGCCAUCCUUCAGAACAAAAUAAGGUAUUUCCUGUUGAGGGGAGGGGUCGUUAAUCAUUUUCUUCUGGAAGAAUGUGUUUGAGCUGCUUAUUUUGUAAGGUCCUCUGUGUUUGAGAUCCAUUUCUUUUGUUAAUAAAUUGUUACUGUAAUAAAAUAUUACUAUUACUGUGUGUAAAUUAUUUUAGUGCCAGGGUCCUGACUAAAACAUUUAGCUAUUGGUGGGUUUGAUUAAAAAUAUUUUAACUUUUAUGUUUUGGGGUGUUUUGCCUGCAUUGUAUGUCUGUGCCCCAUGUACAUGCAGAGGCCAGAAGAGGGCAUCAGACACCUUGGAGCUGGACUUAAAAACAGUUGUGAGUCACCAUGUGGGUGCUGGGCAUUGAACCCUGGUCCCCUGGAAGAACAGCCAGUGUGAGCCAUCUCUCCUACCCCAGAUAUCAGCGAAUUUGAAAGUGCUCUUUUAGUGGAUAUGGUAGUGCAGGCCUGCUUCCCCAGCACUCAGGAAAUAGAGGCAAGGGCAGAGAGAUAGGAAGAUCAAGGCUGUUUCAAUAAAUAAAUUAUAUUUGGAGAAUGAGCCAGUUUUCCCCAGUGGUACAGAAGUAUCCAAUCAUCAACAAAGCUCAAUGCUUUUCCUUUGGGGACUCAGUUUCUCCAUUAGUGUAAACAUAACAGGAGGCUUAGAUUGUUUCAAGACCCCUCAGCUCUCACAAUGCAUGGCUCCUGUAACAUCAGAAUCAGAAAGCCCAAAUCUGGUUGGUUUUAGACAUUUUGCUGGUUGUUUGACACAGGGCCUUGCUGUGUAGUCCACACUGCUGAUCCUCCUGCCUCAGCCUCCUCAGUGCCAGGAUUACAGGCAUGCACAGUCAUGUUUGGCUGCAAGGCACUUGGUACUACCACUUUCUGUAUCUGCCCUGCAGUCCCUCCCAGGAGCCUUCUCAAAUGGGGCUACCACCAUCAGUUUCUAGCCCUUUUGUAGCAACCUGGAUAUUCUGUCCCCAACCUCAUUCGCACUGAGCAGAGUGAAGGCGUUAACUAUCCUAACCAUUCUGUGCAGAGUGUCUGCACACAGCACAUCCUGGACCCCAUGGAGAGCACUCACUCAUUCUUUGGUGUCUCAUUCAGCCACCUUGGAGGGCUCUGCUCCUCCAUAUGUCCUCUAAUGCUUUGUGUUCUUGCCCUCUUCAUUUAGAACCAUUGCUUAAGUCCUUUAUUACCAGGUCCAGUACAAAGUGAACUUAUGGCUCGUGGAGAAAUAUUCACAUGUACAGGUAAUAAACACAAUUACAGUAAGGUGGGUUCAAGACCAUAUCCCAACAAAUGUUGGUUCAUGAAUCCUCUUGAAAACUGUAAGCUCUCUCCAGGUGUUCAUAUCGACACAUACAGCUCCAGCCACCUUACUGCCCUUGCAAAUGGUGUAUUAGAUUUCUCAUGAAAGGGGAAAGGUGGCUCAGCUUAAGAGCAUUUGCUGCUUUUGCAGAGAACCUGAGUUUGAUUCUCAGCACCCACAUCAGGCAGUUUACAAAUGUCUGUGACUCCAGCACCAAAACAUCCAAUGUCUUCUUCUGGACUUGGACAUCUGCACUCAUGUACACACACACACACACACACACACACACACACACACACACACACACACAUAAUUAAAAAUAAAUCUUAUACAAUUUUUUAAAAAAGGAUUGCAGUGUAACCUUAACAGUAACUGCAUUUUUUUUAAACUCCUAAGGCUUACAGGUAUAAGCCAACACUCCCAACUUGCUAUGAAUUAUUUAAUUAAAAAAUUACAACUUAUCAUUGUUCUCCAGUGUUUUCAGGAUAAGCUCAAAAUAGAUGUCUCACUGACAAGACCUUAAGAACUCCAGCCUUAGCUGUGCAGUGGUGGCAUACAUCUUGAAUCCCAGCACUUGGGAGGUAGAGGCAAGUGGAUAUCUGAGUUGGAGGCUAGCCUGGUCUACAGAGCGAGUUCCAGGACAGCCAGGGCUACAUAGAGAAACUCUGUCUCCAAAAACAAACAAAAACUCUGGCCUUAACUGGGGAUGGUGGUGCAUGCCUGUCAUCCCAGCAUUUAGCAUGUCUAAGUAGGAUUGCUAACUCCAGGCCAGCCUGGGCUACAUAGCACGACAAAAAUCUUUCUCAAAAACAAAACCUAAAAUAACCUUCUCAUUAGAGAGGAAAAAAGAACCCCAGCUCUGCCCUUGAUUACCUCUAGCCUUUGUUCUACCACACAUUCUUUGCCUAACAUGCCAACCACUCGCCUUAGGAGUGCCCAAAUGAAACAGCAAACACCCCAGGCCUUUAAACUGUUCCACCUUGAGUUGCCUCCCAACCUCUUCUGCCAGCUAGCUUCCUGUUCCUCCUUCCUGCAUGUCACUACUGUCCUUUGCUCUUAGCAAUAUGUUCCAUAAAUUUCCUCUUCUCUCAAUCAGUGGGUCCUUUGGGCUCCGUCAUCUGCACUCUUACGUGGUCUGUGCAUAGUGAGCAAAAUGAGGGUUACCCUUCAUUUCCCCAACUUCUACUAGCUUCUUGGUAACCCAUGUACAGAAGGCCAGCAGUAUCUAUAUUGUAAGGUAAAAUAAAUUAUUAUUGCAAGCACG